AUGGCUAAAAUCACGGAUCUAUCCAACGAACUGCUCAUCAACAUCACUUCUUAUCUCAGCACGGGAGAUGAAUAUGCCGUCAAAACGCUACUUUAUCUCUGCCGUACCUCGCGCGUGCUCCUCGGAGUUGCGCAACCAGCGCUUUACACUUCUGUUCGGAUAGUCGAAUCAACAACAGAUCCUCUCAUUCACCUUAAACUCUUCCUCCGAACUGUGAUUGAAUGUCCGUCGCUAGCCCAAAAGACCAAAGAGCUUGCGCUGUUCAACGACCAUGGAAUUUUGGCCCGGUUGCCGAAUCUACGACACCUCCACCUUACAACCCAAAUCGAAGCACCACGAUCUUUGAUGCAGAGGAUGCAUGAGAUGCAGGCUGAUCUCUCAAUCUUGUCCAAACUGAAGACGUUUCAUUUACAUAAACAGUACGAGGAUGGCCCUGUCGACAUAGAAGACUACAUACCUCUUAUGCAGUACCCUUCGUUUGAAAGAUUCUCAUCUGAGAGCGAUGUGCCAGACACUCCGCAUGGGUCUCGCGCGACCAAUGUUAUUACACACACAAAUGCCGAAUUAUCCUGGUGCAUAAGACCAUUAUCUACGAUGGAAAAGCUACUAGAUGCAUGUCCUCAUUUGACUGUGUUCAAGCUUGACAUCCCUUCUGAAACCCGCUACAGAUGGCUGUGGGACGUGGGUUACGACCCGUUGGUUACGCCGCGAGAUCUUGUCCAGGCAUUGCUUCGAACGCACAGGCAAAAGUUGCAGACGCUGUACUUGAAUUACGGCUCCAACUACAACCUCAAUGACCCCGAAUUACAAGAGGAAAUUGAAAUGUCGGGAGACAGCGUUCUUGACUAUCCAUCAUACCACAUCUUUACCUAUCCAUCAUUCCGCGACUUUGAGACUCUCUCACGCAUUACAAUCGAGUUUGAGAGGCUAUAUCAAUUCCAAGAUCUCCCGGCCUCGCUGGAACACUUACAGAUAAUCUGUUGUCAUUUUGAAGACCUGAAUCGAGCUCGUCUUAGCAACCUGAUCCGAUUGAAGGAUAAGUGGUGUCCGGUUAUCCAGUCUGUUACUGUUUGUGACUAUGAGGAGAUCAACCAAGGCAUCAAUAUAGUAAGAGACCAUGCAACGUCUUUAGGCAUGUCUGUUCGUGUUAGUGCAUAUGGCCGUGUAUUGACCAUCUUGGGUGCGGGCUAUCAUCUAACAGUAAAGAACCUCGCAUAUCCAAUGCUCGACGUAUCUACACACGAAGACGUCAUGGACAUCAGCAAUUUGAAGAUGCUUUUGCUUUGGAUUCAGAGCAGGGUACAGGUUGUUGACUUGAUCAAUUAG